UAUCUCAAAAAUCAUACACAAAAAAAAAAUCCACACAAACGCAAAAACAAAGAUCCAUCGAUACCAAUUUAUUCAACAAGCAAAGUAUAGCUGACAUGGCAAAGAGCAAAGACCGUUCGCUACUAAACCGGUUGAGACAAGCCGUGAAUAAAGUAAGAUUCGUGUUAAGUUUCAAGAUAAACAGCCUCUGGGAUCUCGUACCGAUGCUUGGUUCUUCCUCUUCUUCUUCGUCUCUUCGGUUAAGUUUCAACGAUAGACCCGGUUUAACAGCGGCUUUUGCAGAGAAUGAACCGGACUUAAACGGUUCUUCAAGGGGAGCGUUGUAUAGAACCGUGAGUUAUGAUCAAUCUUCAGAUGAAGACAUAGACAACAAAGCUGAGAUGUUCAUAGCUAACUUCUACAGACAGCUUAAGAUUGAGAGACAAAUCUCUUUGGAACUUAAAUAUUUUCAGGGUAAUAAUCAGAGUUUCAACUACAGAUCGCCUUAAUAUAAUGUUCAUAUUUUUAUUUAUACAUUCGUUUAUUUGUUGUAAUACUAAGAUCCUAUAAUUUUCAUUGGGUCUUAGCUAAUGAUGAGUUGGCCUGCUAUUUUUUUGUAGUAGUAGGCUUAUCCAUUGUCAUUAGUGUGAGUCACAUUUGUUCAUUUACAUUUUAUAAUUCAUUUAUGUAAUGAAAUGUGAUGAUAUAAUGUUAUGUUAUUGAUAUGAGUAUAAAAAAUUUAUUGAUUGCUAUUGCAUUCAAAGCUUCUAUUAAAUACUUUUCAUUG